GUAUAUUUUUCACUUGAAAAUUCGCAAUAUCUUGGAGGAAUUCAUCUACAUCGUCAGCAGUAUCAUGUUUUUUCUCAAUUUCAUCUGGCGUAUUUUCCACUUUUUGUUUUUUUUUAGGACAACACUCGGUGUCAAGAUUUUCGCUUGCAUUUUCCGCCAUCUUCAAACACACUCUGAUGUCACUAUUUUAUAUACAUAUAUAUAGCAAGUCACAGCGCGUUUGUAUUAUAUGUAUGUACUAUUGCUAUCAUAAUGACGGUUGAGUGGUGCGAGCGUAAAAUUAAUCAUUUGUCUGAAUUAAAUGAUGACGAGGAGAAGAAACAAGUCAUGGAAGAAUUAUUCAUAAAAUUAUCAAGUUUGACGUCUAUGGAGUUGGAAAAUACCGCAUGGAAUGUGGAUCUGGGCCGGCUUUUCAGUCAACUAACCUCAAAUAGCAGCAUUUAUAUUGAACAAGUUUGCAAAACUUUGACCAUUUUAUUUGGGGCUCUAGAGCCCGGGAACGUCCACAAACGUUAUCCACUAGAGAUAUAUGAGUACCUAUCUCAUCCAUAUUCAGAUGUGAAAAUUGUGGUCCUCAAAGAGCUCAAUAAAAUAUCAAGUGAUUGUGAUCAAGUUGUUCACCUGACAAAAAAUGACGUGAAACUAGUAAUUCGAUUGAUUGAAACCAUCGGAGAUGAGGACCUCAAGGUUGCAAUAAUCGCAAUGGACACGAUAAAGAAAAUGGCACGUAUUCCGGAAGUCACCAAUAUUAUUUAUACCGGCAACAUGUUGACAACAUUUGCUCGACUCAUUUCAAAAAAUGAUGUUACAACGUUCCGAGUUUAUGAGGUCAUUGUCGACAUUGCCAAAUCAUCAAAAGAGGCUCUAGAAGUAUCCAUAAAUUCCGGCUUUUUGACUAGUCUCCUGCAAGUUUUGGAUUCCGAUGAUGUAUUGCUCCAAUUGAAUGCUCUAGAAGCAAUGACAGAAUUAGCCAGCACCGAAGGGGGUCUCAAUUAUAUCGAGGAAAGAGACGUAUUAAACAAGCUGACCGAUCAAAUAGCGAGAGCUAAUGAAAAUCCCCUUUCAAAUGUACUCAUUCCUGGAUUGAUGAAAUUCUUCGGUUAUGUUGCGAAAAAUCGUCCCGACAAAAUAUUCUCCAAAUACCCUAUUGUCAUUUACUCACUCUUUCAAGUUAUUGAAGGUGAUGAUUUCGUUCUAUUGGCUAAUGCUUUGGAUACACUUGGACACAUAGCUCAGAGUGUUGAGGGAAAAUAUGCACUAGAAUCACUCGGCGAUGUUAUGCCAAGAGUGAUGGAAAGAAUUGGUGGAAUUAUUGACAAACUUCCGACUGAAUUGAGACUGAGAGGUUUAGAGAAUCUGGUAUUAAUCAUUCACAUCGAUAAAUCCAAACAGGACAAUAGGAUUUUGUCUUUGACUAAAUCUUGGUUUGACAUGCUUCAUGAUGAACCCCUCAAGUUCAUUGUCAAUCUGUGUAAGCAACCGUUUGCUGAUAUAAGGUACUCCAGCAUGCAAGUACUUCAAGAGAUUGCUUCUCAAACGUGGGGCCAAGAAUACACAGCUACUUUGCCUGGUUUGAUUGAAUUUUUGUUGGAUCGAAGUGCUGAAACUUUUAGCAAUUGCAAAAAAAUCAAAUAUCAAAUUGUUAAGAAUCUUUGUGAAGCUACUUGCGAUAUUUUUGACAGUGCUACUCUACAGCAACUCCAAUUAUUCGUUCGACAAGGACCAUUUUACGUUGAUCUGGAUGCAGAAGUUGUAACUGAAUCAACAUCGUGAAAAUGUCAUUUAUUAUUACCUCUAUUAUACUUUUGUAAAUAAAUCCAAGUUUUAAAAAACA